AAACUGCCGCGGAUCGACGACAGGAGUUGUAACGAAUUUUUUUAGAACCGUUAGCAGCGCCGGGAGAAAUUUUUCCGUGAAUCGACCGAAUUCGAAUUUGUAGCAGUGAACACUCGCCGAACUUCAGGCCGAUGGCAAUUAUUACGUGAUUGUAGCUCCGGGGCAUGCAUGAGGUUCCGACACGUUAUUUGAUGAAAUCGCGAAGGAAGAAGUGGAGGCAACAUGAUAAUUUCGAUGAGUUUUUGCUACUGUUGAGAAAAAGUAGUGAUUAAAAUUUUAAAUAAAUGUUCGUAAAUCAAAAUGAAAGGUUAUAGGUUAAGAAAUCCUACCAAAAGUAUAAUGCGCUUCUACGUAAAAAACAAAUAUUUAUUAUUUAUUAAAAGAGCAUAAAUUUCCAUCCGCACGUGUGCGAUGACGUAUAUGUAAAUUAAAAAUUUAAUCUGCCUGUGAUUGAUAAUUGUUACGACAAUCAUUGGUUAAUUUAUUUUUCAUUGUUAUUUGCACUAAAUUGUAACAAGAAUCUGUACGAACGAAAACGCGAUCCUAUGUUUUAUAAAAUAAUGUUAAUAACAAUGACAAUGUACUGCAAGCUGUAAACGUAUGGCAGAUGCAUUCAGCGAAAGCAUAGAAAGACUGCGCAAGAAAAGUCGAACGUUGUUGGCACGCGUUGGUGAACAAUCCAAAAGAGUGGAUGAAGAAGUGAAGAAACUGCAUUCGCAAACAUUAUCUUCUAUAAAUCAUCGUAAUCACAAAGGUCAAGGCGAUUGCGUGAAAAAGACUGAUUCGUGGAAAGUGAGAAACGACUCGAGCGAAGUGAGCGCUAUUUUAUGUCCUGAUUAUUCAUUGCCAGACACAAUGCCCGUUGGAAAGCUAACGCUAACUUCCAAGAAAGCCCGCGAGUCACCUUCAGACAUUACACCUAGGAAACCGUCAAAGGAAUGUUACUGUCGCACCGACGUAAACAAAUCAGAUCUGAGAUCGUCAAGAACCCAGCGCAAACGCGCGCCGCCCUGUCGCCAUUGCAGAAGCCAUCCCGAGUUCACAACCAUCAGAGAAACCGAGGAGAAAGCGGCACCGAGCUCGCCCAUCAGCUGCGAAACGUUCAGGAGGGUUCAGAGAAUCGACUAUACGCCUAGAUCCCAAUUUCUGCGCAAUGUGCAGAGCAAGAUCUGCGAGUUGCAGUCUGGCGGCCAGGGAGAUCACUCGCGGACGUGUCCACGAUCAUCGAAUUAUCACAGAUUCAUGGCGAGCACACAGGUACAAAAUACCCACGAGAGAGCAGCAUUGCCCAACGAGCGCAAGCGGGUCGACGAUAAGCAGGCAUCUCCCACGUCCCCACGAGCGCCCGCGAACUCGCUGGCCAGCGAACAAAGUGAACGCGACAAUGCCUGUACAUCGUCGGGCAAAGCAAUUCAAAUGUCUUCACGAAGGCCAGUAAAAUCGCAGUGGCGAAAGACUCUGAGAUCAAGGAGACCAGAUAGGAGCGAACAGCAGCCCAAUUCAUCAAGUCGCAGUAAACGACCGAUGAAAUUGCGUAAGAAUUGUCCUUGCUGCCAGAAGGAACUGGUAGAAGAUGUUCCGAGAUUCAGCGGAGACGCGCGCAAGAAAAUACUUAAUUUGCCAGGCUAUUCUGAGCGAAGAGGUCAAUGCUCGAAGUACGAUGAUGGACCCAUGAUAGAUGAUUCUGUAGAUCACGAAGUGGCGGACUUGAGGAAGUUUCGUGAGCAGAAUUAUUUCGAAACGCACGGUUCGUGCCACACAUUGGCGUCAUCGAGAUCGUCAGGAUCACUACAGCAGUAUCUGCUAAAUGAGCGAUUAUUUCCUGAACCAGUGAGCAGAAUUCGCAAACAGGAUCUGGUAGUAACGAUGCCGCCGUGCGCGACCACGCAAAAGAAGCGGAUUCAUUACUUUCCAAGAUACGUGGUGCGCCAGGAGAAGAACAUGUCCAAUGCGAAUUACAAACGUAAACGGUGCCAAAGUUGUCCACUUACUGGCCACGCCAUUGAUCUUGGAAUCCUAAAGGCUAAACCGCCACUAAACAGCCUGGCAUUAAAGUAUCAGAAACGAACACCUUGACUGUUGCGGAAUGGAGAAAAACAAUAUUACAAUAUUGACGACAUGAUAUUAAAUUCAAUUUUAUUAGCACAUUUAUAUCCAACAAAAUAAUUUAUUCUGUGGAGUAGGUGCAAUGGAAAAACAUGCGGACAAAAAACUCUUACUAUAAAUUAUGUGCCAAGCAUGUUAUUUUUAUCCUGUCUACUCUUUUUAUAAAUAAUGAAAAUAUGGAAAUAUCUUUUGCGAAAGGAUGUAUGCUCCUGUUUUAUAUUGACUUUAUGUAUCAUAAUCAUUGAAUAAAAUAACAUUCUUAAAUAUUA